CAUCAUCUAAGAACGUUGUUCGUCGUUUUGGGUGUUCGAACGGGUUGUUAAAUCAUUUUGUAAAAAAAAAAAUAACAACAGCUUCCAACAAAACACAAAAAAUAAAAGGAAAAAAAUACAAUUUAAACCAAACAAAGAAAUAAUUAGUUAAACAAAAGUGUAAAAAAUUAAAUAAAUGAUGUGGAAAUUUAUAAUAACUGUGAUUAUAUUCUCGGCAUCGGUAAAGGGUUUCGUGGCCCAGGAAGUUGGUGAUGUUGUCGCGGGAGCAACGGAAAGUUCCAAUUUUACAAAUAAGUGGCAAGCGGAUAUUGAUGGAAGUAGAAAGGAAAAUGGAAAUUCAUCAGUUGCCAAUGCUGCUGUAUUUAAAAUUAAAACAACGACAAGACCAACAGUAGUUAAUGUAAGCCAGGACAUGCUUGCAACAACAACCACAUCAACAACAAAUAUUAACAAAAUUGAGCUAAUAACUGAUGCUCCAAUGUCGAAUACUUCGACAAUCAUGACCACAACAGCACAUCCUGAUUCAUCGACAGAAGUAGGUCCUUUUACCUUCAACGCCACCACCACCUCCACCACAACUCAGUCGCCAAUAAGUUCAACUUCUUCAUUACCAUCAACAUCUGACGUUACUUUGACCUCUGAUCCCUAUUGCAACCCCUCACUGUGUGAAUUAUACAACGGCACCCACACACAAGUGCUGCCACACGUUGCCUGCCACAAUACCGGACACUUUGCCACCCGCUGCGGUUCCCAACCCCACCUGCUGCACAUGAGCGAACGACGUCGUAAUCUCAUUUUGGCUUUGCAUAAUUUGGCACGUUCCCGCAUAGCAUCGGGCCAAGUGGCCGGCUACAAGCCAGCCUCGCACAUGCCACAAAUUAAAUGGGACACCGAAUUGGAACAUUUGGCCACAAUGCACGUGCAGCGUUGCAGCUUCAGUCACGACCUGUGCCGCAAUACGCCCCGCUUUCCCUACAGUGGUCAGAAUAUCGGUUACUAUUGGAUAAGACGUGAAAUCAAGUCGCAUUCACGUCGCAUGAAAAACUUUAUUGUCAAUUGGUUUAAGGAACACCUCGAUGCCGAUCAGUCAUUCAUCGAUGCGUAUCAUUUGCAUCCAGAGGGAAAGAAAAUUGGUCAUUUCACCCAAAUGGUUGCCGAUCGUGUGCACCGCGUUGGCUGCGCCGCAAUUCGUUAUCGUGAACCGGAUCAGCCGAUGGACACGAAAUUCUUGAUGACAUGCAACUAUGAUUACACAAACAUCUAUACGGAACCCAUUUACCAGAGUGGACCACCAGCUUCUAAAUGUACCUACAAUAUAAGUGAUAAAUAUCCGGCGCUAUGCGAUUGGAAAGAAGCCAAUUAUGAAUAUGAAAUUGAAGAGAAUGACGAAGAAGACGCGGAGAAUGCCACAUUUAAUGAUAUAAGAAAUUAAUGAUGUCUCUUCGCAGAUGCCGACACAAUGAUAAAUAGUAUUUGUGAUAACGUUUAAGCUCGUAGUUUAGUUAGUUAAAUAUUUGUUAAGAGUAAUUAUAAGUUCGCGUGAAUGUGACAUUUAGUAGUAAUUAUUGAAAAUAAAACG